AUGAGUGAUAUUGAUAACCAAAAACAACAACAACAACAACAACAAAUAUAUUCAGAUGAUACUCAAUCAAAGAGUGAUUUAGAUUCGUUCGAUGAUCAACGUCACAAUGAAUCAAUCAACUCUGAUGAUCAAUAUAAUAGAUCCGAUGAUGAUUCUGACGAUGCCGAUUACCAAGAUGAACAUCAAAACAAUAAUAGAAAUAAUGGAUCAUUAACAACAAUAGCCAAAUUCAACAAUUUCAGUAACGACAAUAAUCUUUUAUACAUAUCAAGCACCAAGAAGGAAAUUGAACUAUAUGGUGAUAGUGAUACUAGAUAUCAAAAUACAACAACUGUUCCAUCAGUGGUAUUUCAAUUCAUCCCAACCAAUAAUAACAACAACCAAUAUAACAACAGAAAUAGAGAUAAUAAUCAUAAUAACUAUAACAGAAAUAGAGAUCAUCAUUAUAAUCAACAACAUAGAAACUAA